GAAGUCGCUGGCGAAGUCGGGCCGGGUCCGCGGGCUGCGCACAGCCCCUCCCGCUCCUCCCUCUCCUCCCGCUCCUCUCCUUACUCCCGCUCCAGCCUGAGGACAACCGGCAGCUGCCAGCGCACCUACUGGCGGCGGACUAGCGGCGGGUGCGUGUCUCUUUAAGAGGCCGGGCCUGUGCUGCAGAGGGGAGGGCGGAGUAAGCGUCGCUCCCCAAGUGAGUGUGUGGGGUAGAGAGCCAGCUAGCAAGCGACGCGGGCCGCCCCUGCCGCCGCCGCUGCCGCCGUCGGACCAGCGGCCUCCUGCCCUCCCCUCCCUCCCGUCGCCCUACCGCGGGGAGGAGGCUCGCGUCGCCAUCUGCAGCUGCUUCCGAUGAAUCAGCUGCCGCCGCAGCCGCCUCCGAACAUGGGGAAUUUCUACGAGCCCCAGCAACAGACCCCUGAAAAUUUGAGGAUGCCAUCACCUAUUGGCUAAACAGAGGUCGGAAUGGGCACGACUGCUACGAUUACCACCAGCGCCACCACGAUGAGGAUGCUGCGAUCGGUCCCUGGAGCCCCUAGGGCUUCAGGCACGGAGCCAGCAUCAACUACGACGACUACUGACCGUCGCUCAGGCGGGCUCGGGGCCGCAGGCUCCGCACGAUGCCCGGGCUGUGUCUGCUGCGCCUGUUCUCGGUUCAUCCUUCCUACCCGCUUUCUGUGGCCACAAAGGAAGAGUUAAAGCAAAGAACGUAAAUGCCUUUCGAGGUUUCAUGCAAGUACCUAACAGUGCAUUUCAUUUAAAAAUAGAAAUAAAAACAUUUUGUUAACACAUCUCAGAGUUCACUUGGAUGAAACUUGAGCUGGCGAGAGUUUUCCUUCCCUGCAUGUUUCUGAGGUUGAAGCAACCUCUCAGAGGCACCUCCCCUCUGCUAUCUGAAGUGUUACCUCUCCAAGAAUUCCCACCACCCCAGACCAUGGGACCGAGCAGGGGUCUUCAAUGUAUUCGAAUUCAGUCCACACUAAAUGCCAAAUUAAGAAUGAAAAAGCAAGAAAAUUUAGCUGGAAAUUAAUUUAAGGUCACAGAACACGGUUUGGGGGAUGAAGCAUCCACAUGGGUUUGUAAAUUUGCUGUUCCACAUCCCGAGCCAGAGGUGGACCUGUUUAAUAUUGUCAGGCAGGAAAAAAAGGGUAAUAGAAAAAACACGGAAGUUUGGUUGAUUUCACAGCCUCACUUGUCUUAAAAAAUUAAACCUUGUCUAAUGAGUUCAAGAAAGAUGUACGAAUAUACAUUGCAUCAUGUUUAAACAAUCUGAGUGAAUGAAAGAGAAAAGUGUCCUGGGGGUGGGUAGAGGGAGGGGAGGAAAGUGGGGAGGUGACACCUGCAGAGGGGAGGGGCCCUCAGAAUGGCUCUUGAACUCGUGUGGGUCACAGACCCUCUGACAGCCUGAUGGAAGCUUUCUCAGAAAAAUGAUAGGUGAUUUUGCAUAUAGUCUCUGAAACACAUCCUCAUUCACAAGCUGCAGAUGAUAAACCCCUGGGUUUGGUGGGAAGUUCCUACCAGCAUCAGGAGACCAGUGUUUGUGGACAAUCCUUUGGAAUCCUUACAACUUUUAAAACUUUGUGGUAAAAUGUACACAACAUAAAAUCCAUCAUUUUAAGCAGUUUUAGAUGUAUAGUUCAGUGGCAUUAAGUACAUUCACCUUGUUGUACAACCGUCCCACCGUCUACGUCCAGAAUCAUUUCAUCUUCCCCAAACUGAAACUCUGUCUCCAUUAAACACUCACUCCCCAUCCCCUCCCCCAGCCCCUGGUACGCACCAUCCACUUCCUGUCUCGGUGAAUUUGACUCCUCUGGGGAUCUCAUAUGAGUGGAAUCAGACACACAGUAUUUGUCCUUUGGUGACUGGCUUAUGUCACUGAGCAUAAUGUCCUCAAGGUUCAUCCAUGUUAUAGCAGGUGUCAGAAGUUCCUCCCUUUUUAAGGCUGAAUAAUAUUCUAUUUUGUGUGUAGCCCACGUUUUGUUUAUCCAUCAUCCAUCAGCGGACACUGGGUUGCCUCCACCUCCUGGCUGUUGUGAGUAAUGCUGUGGACACGGGUCUGUAAACAUCUCUUCAUGUCCCCACGUUCAGUUCUUUUGGGGAUAUACCCAGAAGUGGAAUUAUUAGAUCAUAUGGUAACUCUGUUUAAUUUUUCGGGGAAUCACCACACAUGUUUUCCACAUCAGUUGUACUACUCUACAUUUUGAUAUAACGUAGAGUUGUAAUAGGGAAGAACGUUUUGUAUUCUCUUACAAGUUAAUUUAAGCCGAUAAGCUUAAAUUCCACACAAUGGCCCAUCUCGGACCCUUGCCUCCGAGAGAUGAAGGUAAAUGAGCAUUCAGCUCAAACACCUGUGUGUUUAGCUCCCAAGAAACCUCCUGAGCAGGCCCACCUGUGAAUGACUGCAGGAGGGAGAAAUGAACACCUCCCCUCCAGAGGCUGACGGGAACCAGGAAGUGCUUGGCUUUAGUCCCGCCCCUUGUAGUAUAAAAGGAGCCCGACUGCUGCCGCAGGCAAGACGGCUCCUGGGGGCACGAGCCCACCGUCUGCUGGGUUUGGGGGCUCUCCGAAGGAAGUCGUUAUUCUUUGCCCAGCAACUCGUCUCCUGAUUAUUGGCCUGUCCUGUGGCGAGCAGUGAGAGCUUGGGCAUCCAAGGCAUCUUCGUUGGGAAAAUUAUCAAUCACACAGGUGAUGGUGUGACAGACGUUUCUCCAGCUGGACGGUGAACCCAGGAUGCGGAUCACCACAGUCUGUGCCAUGAAGUCCUCAGCGCCGCACACAGAGCCUGUGGGACCAGCCGCUCUAGAGAGUGUGCGGGGUGGAGCCUGACGUCGCCCGGAAAGAAACAGCUUGGAAAUUCUCUUGUGAUAAGCGCAGUCCAAUGCUAACUGGACAGAGGGAUGGUAGAAAAAACACUUAAACACAGUGCUGCCACUGCUCUUCAUUGCCUAAUAUCAGACUACCGGAAGGCAUGAAGAAACCUGGGCUGAGAGUCUUCGUUCCAGGAGACCUGAUCUUGACUGUAUGGCUGGCUUGAGGCGCACCACUCUGAACUGCAACACGCUCAUUGGUGACCUGGGUGCAAGUGCUUUGGCAGAAUCUCUUAGUGAGGAUUUGUGGCUUAGAGUGUUGAAGACGUACAUGGAAAAUACUCAUCAGAAAAAAGUGAUUUUCAGUAAGCGGAAGAGCCUUCCAUGUAUUGCACCACUUUUAACCACGGUGGAGGAGACUCCGCAGAUCAUCUCUGCUCAAGUCCGGGGACAUUUUCCUAAGUGGCUCAAUGGCUGUCUGCUUCGAAUUGGACCUGGGAAGUUCGAGUAUGGGAAGGAUAAGUACAAUCACUGGUUUGAUGGAAUGGCUUUACUUCACCAGUUCAAGGUGGAGAAGGGCACAGUGACAUACAGGAGCAAGUUUCUACAGAGUGAUACAUAUAAGGCCAACAGCGUUCAUGAUCGAAUUGUGAUCUCAGAAUUUGGCACAUUGGCUCUCCCUGAUCCAUGCAAGAAUGUUUUUGAACGUUUCAUGUCAAAAUUUGAACUGCCUGCAAUUACUGACAACACCAAUGUCAACUAUGUGCAGUACAAGGGUGAUUACUACAUUAGUACGGAAACCAACUUCAUGAAUAAAGUGGACAUUGAAACCCUGGAAAAAACAGAAAAGGUAGACUGGAGCAAAUUUAUUGCUGUGAAUGGAGCAACUGCACAUCCUCAUUAUGACAAAGAUGGAACAGCAUACAACAUGGGGAACUCCUAUGGGCAACAUGGUUCUUGCUAUAAUGUUAUUCGCGUUCCUCCGGAGAAAGUAGACCUUGGGGAGACAAUCCAUGGAGCCCAGGUGAUAUGUUCUAUUGCUUCUGCAGAGAGGAUGAAACCUUCUUACUACCACAGCUUUGGAAUGACAAGGAACUACAUUGUCUUCAUUGAACAGCCUCUAAAGAUGAAUCUGUGGAAAAUCAUCACUUCUAAAAUUCGGGGAAAGGCCUUUUCAGAUGGAAUAAGCUGGGAACCCCAGUAUAAUACACGGUUUCAUGUGGUGGAUAAGCACACUGGUCAGCUUCUUCCAGGGAUGUACUACAGUAAACCUUUUGUUACUUUUCACCAAAUCAAUGCCUUUGAGGACCAGGGCUGUGUCGUAAUUGAUUUGUGCUGUCAGGAUGAUGGAAGAAGCCUAGAAGUUUACCAACUACAGAAUCUUAGGAAAACUGGGAAAGAGCUUGAUCAGGUCUAUAAUUCAGUAGCCAGAUCUUUUCCUCGAAGGUUUGUUUUGCCCUUACGUGUCAGUUUGAAUGCCCCUGAGGGAGAGAACCUCAGCCCGUUGUCCUAUUCUUCAGCCAGUGCUGUGAAACAGGCUGAUGGAAAGAUUUGGUGUUCUUAUGAAAAUCUAUAUCCUGAGGACCUAGAAGAGGAAGGAGGCGUUGAAUUUCCCCAGAUCAACUAUGGCCAAUUCAGUGGCAAAAAGUAUCAGUUCUUCUAUGGCUGUGGCUUUCGGCAUUUGGUGGGCGAUUCUCUGAUCAAGGUUGACGUGGUGAACAAGACACUGACGGUUUGGAGAGAAGAUGGCUUUUAUCCCUCAGAACCUGUUUUUGUUCCAGUACCAGGAACCAAUGAAGAAGACGGUGGGGUUAUUCUUUCUGUGGUGAUCACUCCCAACCAGAAUGAAAGAAAUUUCCUCCUAGUCUUGGAUGCCAAGAACUUUGAAGAACUGGGCCGAGCAGAGGUGCCUGUGCAAUUGCCUUACGGGUUCCAUGGCACCUUCGUGACCAUCUGAUGGAACAUCCACAAGCCUGCCUGUUGCUACUGGUCCUAAGGUACUCACAGAGGAUGUCAUGCUUGGAGGCUCCUUCUAAACUGGCUAUUUCUCUGCUGUCCAGAGCAGAUGCCACUGCAGUUGAACCACCCAGUACCACCUCCUACCCUGCCCCCAGCUCAGCCUUGGGAGGCUGUUGUUUUGAGGGAUGUUGUUAAAAUCAGGCAUUUCCCCCCUAAUCUCCAGGUGUCUAGUUCUUCAGAGAACGAUGAAAAGUUGGUAGUUCUUACCAUAUGACCCAGCAAUCCCACUACUGGGCAUAUCCCCUGAGAAAACCAUAAUUCAAAAAGAGUCAUGUACCAAAAUGUUCAUUGCAGCUCUAUUUACAAUAGCCAGGACAUGGAAGCAACCUAAAUGCCCAUCAACAGAUGAAUGGAUAAAGAAGAUGUGGCACAUAUAUACAAUGGAAUAUUACUCAGCCAUAAAAAGAAACGAAAUUGAGUUAUUUGUAGUGAGGUGGAUGGACCUAGAGUCUGUCAUACAGAGUGAAGUAAGUCAGAAAGAGAAAAACAAAUACCGUAUGCUAACACAUAUAUAUGGAAUCUAAGAAAAAAAAAAAAGGUCAUGAAGAACCUAGGGGCAAGACGGGAAUAAAGACACAGACCUACUAGAGAAUGGACUUGAGGAUAUGGGGAGGGGGAAGGGUAAGCUGUGACAAAGGGAGAGAGUGGCAUGGACAUAUAUACACUACCAAACUUAAAAUAGAUAGCUAGUGGGAAGCAGCCGCAUAGCACCGGGAGAUCAGCUCGGUGCUUUGUGACCACCUAGAGGGGUGGG